UCAACGCAAGGAGAAAAGGCGUCCGUCCAAUUUGCGAGAAUACUUAAAGGGUUUGGAGCAUAUAUAUUAGUUGCCAACGCGGUUUACACGCCAUUUCGUUGUGAUCGUUUACCGCUGAAUGUUCACUCGCUUGCAUAUACAAACAGUCGAAUUAGAAUUAGUUUUGCGUGCAUUUUUAUUCAUCUAGAAUCUAGAUGUUAGAUUUGAAAUUAUUUUCAUCGCUUUUAUCUAAAAAAGAUUCAGAAACAUAUCAAAUGGAGGACGAAGGCAAUGCAGCAGGAAUGGAAUCGGGUAAUAAAGGCAUGGAAAAGCUGAUUCCAGCUAUGAACAAGAUUUUGGACGUAUGCAGCAAAAUGCGUGUCAAUAUGGAAUUUGAUUUCCCACAAAUUGCCGUUAUUGGCUGCCAAAGUGCUGGAAAAAGUUCAGUGUUGGAAAACUUCGUCGGAAAAGAUUUUUUGCCACGUGGUUCUGACAUCGUCACUAGAUGCCCUUUAAUUUUACAGCUCAUUAACGCACCAGAAGAAUACGGCGUAUUUACGCAUUGCGAGACAAAGUUUGCCGAUUUCAAUGAUAUUCGUGAAGAAAUCGAGCGCGAAACUGAACGCAGAGCUGGAAAAAAUAAAGGUGUUUCUUCUGAGCCGAUAAAUUUACACAUUCAUUCACCACAUGUGUUAAACCUUACGUUGAUCGAUUUGCCGGGUAUGACCAAGGUUGCGAUUGGUGAUCAGCCCGGUGAUAUUGAGCAGCAAAUCCGAAAAAUGAUUCUUCAGUUCAUUACCAAAGAAAAUUGUUUGAUUCUGGCUGUUUCGCCAGCAAACUCCGAUUUGGCCAAUUCGGAUGCAUUAAAAUUGGCUAAAGAAGUGGAUCCACAAGGUGUUCGUACAAUUGGUGUUAUAACCAAAUUGGAUUUGAUGGAUAUAGGCACCGAUGCUCGGGAUAUUUUGGAAAAUAAAAAAUUGCCAUUGCGACGCAAUUAUGUCGGUAUCGUAAAUCGUUCACAACAUGACAUUAAUGUGAAGAAAGAUAUCUCGGCAGCAUUGGAAGCCGAACGUGUUUUUUUUACAAAUCAUGAAAGUUAUCGACACAUGGCUGAUCGUAUGGGAACACCGCAUUUGCAACGAAUGUUGAAUCAAGAAUUAACGGAACAUAUUCGCGAUAAGCUGCCAGGUUUGCGAGAGAAAUUGAGCAAAGACAAGGUAUCACUUGAAAACGAAAUUGAAGAAUUCAACAUGUUACAUAAAACUGAUCCGGAACACAUGAAAGAAAUGAUGCUGGGAAUAAUUCAAAACGUGCAGUCAGAUUUCGAGAAAGAAAUUGGCGGUCUUGGCUUAAAAAACAUUCGAACAGAUGGUUUGUCUCGUGGUGCCAUUAUUUGUGAAAUAUUCCAUUAUCGUUUUUCAUGCGAAAUUUCAAAAAUCGCUUUCAAACCGUCUGACAUUCUUAAAGAAAUUCACGUUGCAAUUCGCAACGCAUAUGGUUAUCUUCCGGGCGAGUUUGAACCAUAUAAUGUGUUUGAAUGCUUUGUGCGAAAGCAAAUCGAACGAUUAAAAGAGCCUGUUCGUAACUGCGUUGAUUCGGUGGUGACUGAAUUGAAAUCGGCUGUACGGGAUUCCACUCAAAAAGUUUUAAACUAUCCAAAUUUACGUGACGACAUCGAAAAAAAAAUCAUUGCGUUCAUCCGUAGCAAUGACCAGGAAUACAAAAAAAGUAUUCUUUCGUUGAUUCAAAUGGAGCUCGCAUAUGUGAAUACCAAAAAUGAAGAAUUCAAGAACAACUUAAUAACCGAAGAACUGGAUUCAACCGAAGAACUGGAUUCAACCGAAGAACUGGAAUGUGAUCAGGACGAUAACAAAAGUUUAAAAUGCGCCCCGCUACAUGAAAAUGACAAAAAAGAAAUGGCUGAAAAAAUCGAUGGGAUUGCCAUGGAUAUGUGCAAAAAAAUCGGCUGUUACAUGGAGAUUGUUAAGAAGAAUGUUUGCGAUAGUGUGCCAAAGGCAAUAACAUUGAAUAUCAUAAACAAGUUGGAAGACUACAUGAAAAAGAAGCUAUUGUUGGAUUUUAUUUGUCUAACAAAUGAUGAAUAUUUGAAGAUUUUCACAUUGGAUCCAGAAGUGGACGAAAAGCAUAAGGCAAAAGUUCGAACUUAUGAAGCAUGCAAAGCAGCACUGGGUAUUAUUGAUUCGGUGACCAUUUAAUUUCAAACGGCUUCGAACGGUAUGGUGUCAUCGCGAAUUUUCCAAUUAAUGGACAUUUUCUUCCAAUAAGCAUUAUUCAACUUAUUUUUUCUUACUUUAGUUUUAUUGAUAUAUCUAAAUCUAUCUCUUACUUAAUGUAUCUCAAUAACAAACCUAC